GAAACACAAUCGAAAAAAAUUAGAAAAAAAAAUAAAAAAAAAUAAAGUACAGUGUGUGCCUUAAAAAAAAACUCUUUUGCAUUAUUAAUACAAAAUAAGAAAAAAGUUACAAAUAAGUAAAAAAAAAGCAUUUAUUUCAUACAAAGUAAGAAGAGAGUACAAAAAAAAUGAAUUCAUUUUAUGACGAGAUCGAGAUUGAAGACAUGGACUAUAAUGAAGAGGAAGACAUCUAUACUUAUCCAUGUCCUUGUGGUGACAAAUUCAUUAUUUCAACAGAUGAAUUAAUUGAUGGUGUUGACGUUGCACAAUGUCCUUCUUGUUCAUUAAUUAUUAAGGUUAUUUAUGAUCCUGAUGACUUUAUUGACGAAAAUGACGAAGGAACGUCCUUUGAAAUAAACUCUAUUCCUAUUGCUGUUUAAUGUUACUUACAAUAAAUAAAUUAUAUAUCUUUGUAUAUCGUUCAA